CGCAGCCGCCGCGAGUGGCACAGAGCAAAUAGCGGCUUUUGUGCGCAUGAUGCACCGUGUUGGACGCACCUGCGAGGAGCGAUAAAGGCAGCCCGGAGACGGCGCUGCUUCUAACUGGAUUCUGGAUAUUUUUUGUAAAAGCAAAAAAGGGGGGGAAAGUGGGUCCGUGUACACUGGCAGCUGGAUUUUAGCAGGUGGAUACUUUUGGUCUGCUGAUCUGAGUAAUGAAACCCUGGAUCCUCUCAUACCUCCACUUCACAUCUAAAAACAUGGAGGAAAUUCCACUUUCCCUGAGAACCAGAGAAGAAUAUUGGAUCAGACCUUACACCAGAAAUAAUGCUCUGAAGAUUAAAAAAGCAUAAAAAUCAGAAAAGGAUUCCUCUGCAUGAUCACUGCCUUGCAGCGUCUGGACAAUUUCUUACUCUUAAGACUGUUAACGCCAACGACUGUUAUCCUUCUAUCUCUUUGUUCCCUUUAAAAGCAUAUUUUUUAUAAGAAAUAUCUAUAUGUAUAUAUCUCAACACCUAUUGUGGAUAAAAGUGGAUUCCAGAAAUUCAGCUAGAAGUUUUCCAUCCCAUUGAAUCCCUGUUGGACAUUUUCUUGGAUUGACUCUUUGCAGCUAUGGAUCUUGUAGGCUUUUCUAUCACACUGCAGUUAUUCCUGAGCUCUUGUUUGGGAUUGGAAUUUUUAGGUACUCCAGGCCAGUGGGCACGCUACCUCCGCUGGGACGCCAGCACCCGCGGUGACCUCAGCUUUCAGCUCAAGACAGAGGCCUCAGAGUCACUGCUGCUGUACUUCGAUGAUGGAGGAUACUGUGACUUUCUGCAGCUGGGGGUGGUGGAGGGUCGACUGCAGCUGCGCUUCAGCAUUGACUGCGCUGAGACCACGGUUGUUUCCGACAGGCGGGUGGACGACGGCAGCUGGCAUGCCGCCACGCUGAGCAGGUAUAACCUGCGCACAGUACUGGUGCUGGACGGCCAGGCCAAAGCCGAUGAGGUAAAACCUCAGCGUCAGUUCAUGAAAAUAGUCAGUGACCUGUUCCUGGGUGGAGUACCUCAGGAUAUCCGCAACGGUGCACUUACACUGCCUACGGUGCGAACCAUGCAACCCUUCAGGGGAACAAUUACAGACCUCAAGUUUGGCAGCUCACAGCCCCUGUUCCUGGGAAGCCUUAAGGUGCCCCUGGAGUCAGAAGGUUGGUGCACUGUCAACCCAUGUGAGAACGGUGGAACGUGCAUGGUGAUAGACGGAGAAUCGGUCUGCGACUGCUCCCAGACGAAAUACAAGGGCCGCUUCUGUAAUGAAGGGGUCAGGAAGACCAUACCAGGCCUCGCACACAUGAUGGCAGAACAAGCUAAAAGCAAAGCAAGGGAAGAAAACGUUGCCACUUUCCGUGGUUCGGAGUACUUCUGUUAUGACCUCUCCCAGAACCCGAUCCAGAGCAGCAGCGACGAGAUCACUCUGUCCUUCAAGACGUGGCAACGUAACGGCCUCAUCCUGCAUACGGGGAAGUCAGCUGACUACGUCAACCUGGCUCUAAAGGACGGUGCGGUCUCCCUAGUCAUCAACUUGGGUUCCGGAGCAUUUGAAGCCAUCGUUGAACCGGUCAACGGGAAAUUCAAUGACAACUCAUGGCAUGAUGUGAAAGUGACCCGGAACUUGCGACAGGUGACGAUAUCUGUGGAUGGGAUUUUGACCACCACGGGUUAUACCCAGGAGGACUACACCAUGCUGGGCUCAGAUGACUUCUUCUACGUGGGUGGGAGCCCCAGCACAGCCGAUCUGCCAGGAUCUCCAGUUAGCAACAACUUCAUGGGCUGUCUCAAGGAGGUGGUGUACAAGAACAAUGACAUCCGUUUGGAGUUGUCCCGGAUGGCUCGGAUUCUGGAUCCAAAGAUGAAAAUCCAAGGUGAGGUGUCCUACAAAUGUGAGAAUGUGGCCACAUUGGACCCAAUCUCCUUUGAGACUCCAGAGGCGUACAUUAGCCUCCCCAAGUGGAAUACCAAGAGGAUGGGAUCAAUCUCUUUUGACUUCCGCACGACUGAGCCCAAUGGACUCAUCCUCUUCACUCACGGAAAGCGUCAGGAACGCAAAGAUACUGCUCGCAGCCAGAAAAACACCAAGGUGGAUUUUUUUGCUGUGGAGCUCCUAGAUGGGAGCUUGUACCUACUAUUGGAUAUGGGCUCAGGAACAAUAAAGGUGAAAGCCACCCAGACAAAAGUGAAUGAUGGGGCAUGGUACCAUGUGGACAUUCAGAGAGAUGGACGCUCUGGCACCAUCUCUGUAAACAGCAGACGGACGCCAUUUACAGCCAGUGGUGAGAGUGAAAUUCUGGACCUGGAGGGAGACAUGUAUCUGGGAGGCCUUCCAGUUGACCGCUCCAACCUCAUUCUGCCCACCGAGCUCUGGACGGCAAUGCUCAACUACGGCUACGUCGGGUGCAUCCGUGACCUUUUUAUUGAUGGUCGCAGCAAGGACAUCCGUCAGAUCGCAGAGGCCCAAAAUGGUGCCGGUAUCAAACCCUCAUGUAACAAGCAGCAAGGAAAGCAGUGCGAGAGCUAUCCAUGCAAAAACCGGGGAGUCUGCAAAGAGGGUUGGAACCGAUUCAUCUGUGACUGCACUGGCACCGGUUACUGGUCACGUACCUGUGAGAGAGAGGCCUCCAUUCUCUCCUAUGAUGGAAGCAUGUACAUGAAGGUGGUGAUGCCAACCGUCAUGCACACCGAGGCUGAAGAUGUCUCCCUGCGGUUCCGUUCGCAGCGGGCCUACGGCCUCCUCAUGGCCACCACCUCCCAGGACUCGGCCGACACACUGCGGCUCGAGUUGGAUGGGAGCCGUGUCAAACUCACAGUCAACCUAGACUGUAUCAGGAUAAACUGUAACUCCAGCAAGGGACCGGAGACCCUGUAUGCCGGGCAAAAGCUCAAUGAUAAUGAAUGGCAUACAGUGCGCGUGGUGCGUCGGGGCAAAACCUACAAGCUAACGGUUGACGAUGAUGUAGCAGAAGGACAAAUGGUGGGCGAUCACACUCGGCUGGAGUUCCACAACAUCGAAACGGGAAUCAUGACAGAACGUCGGUUCGUUUCCACCAUCCCAUCCAGCUUCAUCGGUCACCUCCAGAGCCUGAGGUUUAACGGCAUGCUGUAUAUUGACUUGUGCAAGAAUGGCGACAUUGAUUACUGUGAGCUCAAUGCUCGCUUCGGGGUUCGCUCCAUUAUUGCUGACCCGGUUACCUUCAAGACAAAAAGCAGCUACCUGAGUCUGGCUACUCUGCAGGCCUACACAUCCAUGCACCUGUUCUUCCAGUUCAAGACCACUUCCCCUGAUGGCUUCAUCCUCUUCAACUCUGGGGAUGGAAAUGACUUUAUUGCUGUAGAAUUGGUCAAAGGAUACAUCCACUAUGUUUUUGAUCUUGGAAAUGGGCCCAACCUCAUCAAAGGCAAAAGUGAAAAGUCGCUAAAUGACAAUCAGUGGCACAACGUGGCUAUCACCCGAGACAAUAGCAAUACCCACACACUAAAAGUAGAUGCUACAGCCACAAGUCAAACUAUCAAUGGUGCAAAGAACCUUGACCUGAAAGGUGAUCUGUUCAUCGCAGGACUGGGUCCAGGCAUGUAUGGAAACCUCCCCAAACUGGUGGCUUCCAGAGAAGGCUUUCAGGGUUGCUUGGCUUCCAUGGACCUCAACGGUCGCCUGCCAGACCUCCUAAACGAUGCCUUGUUCCGCAGCGGCCAGAUCGAGCGCGGAUGUGAAGGUCCCAGCACAACUUGUCAGGAGGACUCUUGUGCCAACAUGGGGAUCUGCAUCCAACAGUGGGAGAACUACACCUGCGACUGCUCCAUGACCUCCUACACUGGAACGCAGUGCAGUGACCCUGGAACCAUGUACAUCUUUGGCAAAGGGGGAGGCCUCAUUACAUUCAACUGGCCAGCUAAUGAGAGACCGAGCACCAGAACCGACAGGCUGACUGUUGGUUUCAGUACAUCCCUGAAAGAUGGCAUAUUGGUCAGAAUUGAUAGCGCUCCUGGUCUGGGGGACUAUCUUAUGCUGCAUAUAGAACAAGGGAAGAUUGGCGUUACCUUCAACAUUGGGACUGAGGAUAUCACUGUUCAAGAAAGCAGCACCCCAGUGAAUGAUUUAAAGUAUCAUGUGGUUCGUUUUACCAGGAAUGGUGGGAAUGCUACGCUGCAGGUGGAUAACUGGUCAAUCAAUGAACACUUCCCUACAGGGAACAGCGACAUUGAACGCUAUCAAACGGCCAAUAAGAAAAUUCCUUUCAAAUAUGUCAGACCGGUAGAAGAAUGGCUACAAGAGAAAGGACGACAGCUUACAAUUUUCAAUACUCAAGCAACAAUCACAGUUGGAGGUAGCGACAGAGGCCGACCUUUUCAGGGUCAGCUGGCGGGUCUGUAUUACAACGGCCUGAAAGUAUUGAAAAUGGCAGCUGAAGCCAAUGUCAACAUCAAGAUUAAUGGCAGUGUGAGGCUGGUGGGGAAUGGAUCCAGUGUGGCAGGUUCAGCCAGAACCACAACCAUGACUCCAGAGUUAUCCAGCAACGUUUUAGAGUCGACCACCACAACCACUACAACAACCACACGGAAACACAGAUCCUCCACGGUACAGCACGGGGCAGAGGAAAUCGUGUCCUCUGCAGAGUGUUCAAGCGAUGAUGAAGACUUGGAGGAGUGCGAAACAAUCCAUCCAGGUGGGCUAGGAGCUGAAUUAGUCAUUGAGGAUCCAUUAGAGCACCCCUUUGUAGCUCCCCGUGCACCCUUCAUUCCCACUCCCUCAACCCACCACCCACUCCUCACCAUUAUUGAGACCACCAAAGAGUCCUUGUCCAAGGCCACUGAGGCGGGGGUACCUUGCUUGUCGGACCGAGGCAGCGAUGAUUGUGAUGAUGAUGGCUUGGUGAUAUCGGGGUAUGGCUCUGGGAAAGCGUUGAAGUCUUACCUGCCCCCAGAUGAUGAUGAAGAUUUUCACUCGAACUUCUCCUUGUUAAGACCUACAUCACACUUUCAAGGUGACUACAAAGCACAGGCGCCCAGGACUUUUAUACCAAACAAACCUUCCAUCUUCAGAUGCAGUAGGACAACCACCAUACCAGUAACCGCCAACCAGAGCCGCACCACUAGCACCUCUGCCUCCACCAGCCCUCCACAAUUCUCCGGCAAAACAAAAAAACGCGAGCUAAAACCCCAGUCCCAACCUAGUGUUGCUUCUAUUGCCACAUCCUGUGAGGUAGACAGCAGCAAGCUGAGGGGCCCAUUAAUAAUUUCCGUCAUGUUCCAUAAUAUACCCACAGCACUCCCCACAGAGCCAGGCGUCAGGCGAGUCCCAGGGCCCUCGGAGGUGGUCCGUGAAUCUAGCAGCACCACCGGGAUGGUCAUCGGAAUAGUGGCGGCCGCAGCGCUGUGUAUCCUUAUCCUCCUGUACGCCAUGUAUAAGUACAGGAACAGGGAUGAAGGCUCCUACCAGGUGGACGAGAGCCGGCACUACAUAACCAACUCGGCUGUGCAGAGCAAUGGCGCUGUCAUGAAGGACAAACAGCAGAGCCUGAAAGGCAGCAACAAGAGACAGAAAAACAAGGAUAAGGAGUAUUAUGUGUGACUGAGACUUUGGUCAACCCGACAGAACAAAGAGAGAAGGCACUGAGAGAACUUUUAUUACCAGUUUCCCUGUGAGGAGCUUUGACAAAUGAUGGUAUAACAUGGGACUUGAAUAAUUCUAUACUGUGCUGAAUAGUUGAACUGAUAUGUACUGUAACAUAAAGCACACUUACUAUUAAGCAAAAGGCUUAAUGGCAAGGUUAAAUAGCAACUUUAGAAACCUUACACUUCUAUCUGGUCAGAGACAUUGUCGGUAUACAAAUAUUUCACAGCAUCAUUCUCCUAAGUGACUUUUAGAGCUAUGUGAUCCUUGGCAUUAAACAAUUUUUGUGAAAUUGUUAAUUACAAAAGGCUCAUUAUCUUAAACGUUUCCAGCAUGUAAGCAACAAGUAGUGCUUAACGAGAGGGGGUCAGGCACACAAAGGACUCUUGUAAUCAAAAUAUUACAGAUUUUUAUGGUUUAUACAUAAUAUAAGUGUGGUGUCUUACUUAUUUUUGCUUAAAGCAAAAGAAAAAAAGAUUAAAAGAGAACAGUAAGAAAAGAAAACUAUUUUAUGUGUAUAAUAUGAAUCCAAGUGAGUCAAUUGCCAAGGGCAGACCUCAUACCAUCUGUUUGCUCUGGCAUCUAAUUCACCACAAUUAUUCUCAUUGUCUGACAGACACAGUGACUCUCUUUGUGGGAAGAAUUUGUUGGUUCUCUUGAUAAGAAGCGCCUGAUUGUAAAAUGCAUGCCAUCCUGAUUCCACAGUAAGGUGCAGUACAGUAAAAGUCCAGUAAAGAGUGUUCAGCUUGGAUAACACAAAGGCAGUUCUUCAUCUAAGAUCAGGACUCCCCCCUCUUCUCGAAACCCGUCAAACAGAUCUCUUCUUGCUGCACAGUCUGUGGUGGUUUUAUCUAUCUGCACAAGUGUGUGUUGGUUCAUUGCCUAUCAUUCUCUUUUUCUAUGGAGGUGUCAGGAUGAACACAGAUGCAGUACUACUACACUGUUAACCAAUGUGUAUACAGAAAUAAACCAGAUGUUGAAAGUGUGAAUUCUAUCUGCUGUCACAGUCAACUGUGUCAAAAAAAUGAGAAAUUUGUUUACAUAUUUUAUUACAUGCUAUCUGUUGUACUUUGUAGGUAGUAAAUUGUACAUAUACCAUGACAGUUGUAAUUUUUAGUACCUCUAUUGUACAGACUGAAGAUAUGAUUUAUCAACAGAUUUCAUUAAAAAAUCUAUCUGUUAAUUUACUUGGAGAAAGACUUUAACCAGACUGUGGAGAAUCAUAUUGAUAUUCAUGAAGAAUAAAAAAAUGUAUUGUUAGCCUAGAAAUCUACACAGAGAUGUUUCUAAAGUUGCAUGAAUAUUUAACUACUUGCAGUUGUCCAACAAAUACAAGGUGCCCUUUCUUCUCAACCAUGGCGUUCUUGUCCUGGGGUACAUUGAUUUCUGUUUUGCUUUGUUUGUACUUUUUUAUAGAGAGAAAGAAAGAGCAUACGCUCAAAUUCAUGGUGAAGACAGUAAAGCUCAAAUAAAAGCUAUAACGGGGGGUCACUGUUGAAAAGGACAUCAUUUCUUUGUUGUCAUUAGUUGACAUCUUGCUUUGGAAAAUCUUUACCACUCAUUUAUGUUUGCAUUUUCUGACAUUGCUAUUAAAGAAGUGGAUACUUUUUCUUAGAAAUCAUAUUUUGGGUUACAAUUGUUAAUUUUUUUUUUCUUUUACAUCCAUUUGAUAACAAAUAAACAUUUUUUCUGAA